ACUACUCUCUUUGAAAUUAUGGAAGAACCAUGGACCUCCCCAAAGUAUUCAUCCAUGAUCAUGACUUAUUAUCUUUAGCUUUACUGUUUUUUUCUUUGGCCCCGUCUCGUACACCAACGAAUAAAGACUACCACACAAUAUAAAGUUUCAAUGUCCGUUUUCAUAAUAAAGACUUUUGCGUUCUUUUAAGACCAAGACCCCUAAUAAAAUUAUCACCACCACUUGCUUUCUCACUAUGAGACAAGACUUUUUUGUUGUGUUGUUACUAGUAGUAUUGUUAGUUUUGACAUUUCAAACAAGCCUAAAAAUCUACAGUGGCCUUCGCGGCCCUUUCGUUUAAGUUAGAAAAUGAGGAGAGAGAGAGAGAGAGAGAGAGAGAGAGAGUGUGUGUGUGUGUGUGUGUGUGUGUGUGAAGAGUCAAGGAGUCUUUGUAGGGCUGGUCAAUGAGAGAAAUGAGUAGGAAACUUCUUCAUUGGAGUGUUUGUCCGGCUAUUUGUAAUGUCUUGGGUCUUCUCUGAGUCUGCUUCUGCAAGUCUUCCCUAUCAUUUUCCAAGUCAACUCGGCGUGUUUGAGCUGAUAGACAGAUGAAACAUAUAUGUUAAUGUAUUGUGAACAAGCAAAAACAAGAAGGGGGGCAUAAUUAACUAGUUUUAAACAACUGAAUUUGUUUCUGCCUCUUCUUCUUCUUUUCUUUACUGAUUUCCUCUGUUUUUUUUUUUUUUUUUUUGGGGAACUUCAAAUGGCUAUUGCCUCCAUUUUUGCUUUGGUUUUUCUUUCCCAUCUAGCGCUUAUUUACUCAACUGAAGAUGAUAUCAAAAGCCUACCCACUUGCCCCCAGUUCUUCCAAUGUGGAAAUCAGAGUCCCAUCCGCUUCCCUUUCACAAAUACCACGUAUGGCCAUUGCGGUAUUGUGAUAGAUUGUGAUCAUCCAGUUCCAAAGGUCGAACUAGGAAGCCAACGCUGGUAUGAUGUUAAAAUCACAAGUGACAAAUUCCUUCAAAUUCAUGAUCCCCUGCUCGAAGAUCACAUAUCUAAUGGAAGCUGUAAUGACAAGUUCAGGAAUCUAACUCUUUCCAACGUUCCUUUCAUUUCCUUCACAAUCUUACACAAUCUCACCUUCUUCAAGUGCUACAAUACUCCUCAAACAGCGUUUUAUUUUAAAACUAGUAAUAAUUAUACUAGGUACGAUUGCAGAGGCGGCUACUCAAUUUAUUACAAUUACUUGAAGUCUUAUGAUCAUCAACCAGCAUCCGGUAUUGUUCCCCAUGAAUGUUCAGCUAUUCAGCUGCCAAUAAAGCCGUGGCAAAAUUCUCUAAACCCCACAAACCUAUCUUCAAUAUUGGUUGAAACUUUCCAUCUUGAAUUGCAUAUAUCCCCUGAUUGUAAUCAGUGUCGAAGUAGAGGAGGCCAAUGCCUAAAUGUCGGUGAAGAAUUUCAAUGUCAUGAGAAAGGAAAAAGAAAAUAUGGAUUGAUUCUAGGAGCAGGCAUUUCAGCGGCUGUCCUUCUAGUACUAGUAAUCAUACUCUGUUGCUUCAGGAGAAAAUGCUCACUAGUUAUAUCAAUGAUCUUUUGGAAAAAGGAAAUAGAGAACAAUCAACAGAUUGAGCUCUUUCUGAAGAACUACAGGUCCCUUGCCCCAAAAAGAUAUAGUUAUUCAGAUGUUAAGAAAAUGACCAAUUCUUUCACCUACAAACUAGGUCAAGGAGGAUAUGGAGGUGUAUACAAGGGAAAGCUAAAAACUGGUCGUUUGGUAGCCGUGAAGGUUUUGAUUGAUUCAAAAGGUAACGGGGAAGAAUUUACUAAUGAGGUAGUAAGCAUUAGUAGGACUUCCCAUGUUAAUGUUGUCACCCUUCUAGGUUUUUGUUUUGAGGGCACCAAAAGAGUUCUCAUCUAUGAGUUCAUGCCUAAUGGAUCUCUUGAGAAGUUCAUAUAUGAUAAAAGUUCCUCAAUAAAACGUCAACUAGGGUGGGAAACAAUGUAUGAAAUUGCAUUUGGCAUUGCUCGAGGAUUAGAGUACUUACAUCGGGGUUGCAAUACAAGAAUUUUGCACUUUGACAUUAAGCCUCAUAACAUUCUUCUAGAUGAAGACUUCUGCCCAAAGAUCGCUGAUUUCGGUCUUUCUAAACUAUGCCCAAAUAAAGACAGUAUCAUAUCCAUGUUGGGCGCAAGAGGGACAGUUGGGUAUAUUGCUCCAGAAGUAUUUUCUAGAAGCUUCGGAAGGAUAUCUCACAAGUCAGAUGUCUAUAGUUAUGGAAUGAUGGUUUUAGAGAUGGUUGGAGGAAGAAAAAAUAUUGAUGUUGAAGUUGAUCAUACCAGUGAAAUAUAUUUUCCACAUUGGAUAUACAAUCAUGUGGAACUGGAUGAGGAUUUGGGACUUCAUGGAAUUAUGAAUGAAAAGGAAAAUGAAAGAGCCAAGAAGAUGAUAAUAGUGGGCUUAUGGUGCAUACAAACUGACCCAUCAAAUCGGCCUUCUAUAAAUAAGGUGAUGGAAAUGUUAGAAGGGAGCCUAGCGUCCUUGCAAAUCCCACCCAAGCCAUUCUUGUCUUCUCCCCCAAGACCGCCUACAGAUUCUUCAACCAUACAAAUAUUGUAAUAUUGUGCUUUAAUUAUGUAAUCUUAAGUCCACAAUCAUUUUUCGAUCUUACUUUGUUUUGGUUUUCAUCAAGUGAUUUAACCAACUCAAUCAAAUCAUUUGAUUUCAUUUGGCUCAAUUGAAUGAGAAUCUUAUGUCUCAAAUAAGGAAAAGUAGUCUCAAGUUCAAUAUUUUAAGUACUUGUGUUUUCCUUCAUUUUCUAAACCAGAAAGUGUAGGAAAAUGAUGAACUUCACGAAAUGGCAGCAAUAUUGUUUUCCUUCUUUGAAGAAACAUUAAAAAGGGAGAGACUUAUACAUGAAGCAUAUAUGGAAGAGGAUAUUACUGCAAAUGCAUUCGAAGGAAGAGGAUUGAUUUUGAAGAUUGGUUUUUAGUGAGAGAAAAUAUUGUAACCAUGUGUGUUUCUCUCUCACUAUCUGUUUAUCCCAUUAUUUUUGGCCCAAUGGAAAGGCGGCAUGUGGCGAGUUCCAAUGAGCUUGCCACAUUGGAUUGGUGCUUUAAAUAUCCCAAAGAGGAAGAUAUGAUGUGGAAUUAUUAAAAAUAGAUUAUAUGCCAUCCACCAAUAAGGAGGAAGUAUGCGGUGAGUUCCAAUGGAACUAGCCACGUUAGAUCGCAACUAUAAUAAGUUAUUAUUGGAGUAUUAAAACUAUGCAAUUUUACGUAGUAAUUGAAGUUAAAGACAAGUGGGCCAGUAUAAUCCUACCACGUGGAGUUUCUAUUUUAAAAGAAAAAGAGGUGAGUUCUAUUGGGACUUACCAUCUUUAAAACAAUGGUCCACUUUUUCCUAUUUGGAAUUUAGGAAUUGUUGGAAACGGGGGCAUUAAAAAAUAAACUUUGAAUGAGAUUUGGAAUAAAUUCCGCUAAGAAUUUUUUGCGGAUCUCUAGACGAGCGCGUUUCUCUCCGCAAGGAGAUGAACAUGGUAUAUUUACUUUCUCAAAUCCGUUUCCGGAUGAAUGAGAAAUUAGUUCCAAAGUGUGGUGUUUUGAUAAGCCUAAAUGGGUAUACAAAAUGUGGGAAGUGUUUGUCCCACAUAGAAAAAAUGUUGAAACCAAUUGAAAUUUAAAUAAGCCAAAUUUGGGAUUUGGGCUUGGGUUUGGGCUUGGACCUAAUUGUAAAGUCCGAUUAUUAUUUUUACUAUAUGGAAUUUUGGAUUGGGCCUUUAUUUUUGGACUUGGCUUAGUUAAAUGGGUGGUUAGUUUUUUAAUUUAAAUUAAAAGUUAGUUUAUUUAUUAUUAUUUUUUUUUCUAAAGGGUUGCAUAUGUUUUCCAAAGAGUUGCAUCUGUUUCUAAAGUGUUGCAACUGGUGCUGAACCAACAUGACCUAUGGUUACACUCAUGCCCAAAAAGGCACUUUGCUUCCUAUAAAUUCCCCCUUUUGGGGUCAUUUGCUAUCACACCAAUUUAGAAAAUCAUUCUUCGCUUUCUGAAUUAUCUUUUUCCUUCUUUCUUCUUCUAUAAUUUUUUGUGGGUUCGAGCUCUAGUCUGUGGGUUCGAGCCUUAGUCAAUGAGUUCGAAUCCGACUUCGAGUCAGAGAGUACUACACCGAGCCGGUUUGCCUAUUCCUUUGGUUUGCAGUGUUACUACCGAAGGAAGACAAGUCGUUAUAUUCUGGAAGAUAGACGCCACUGAGUCCAUUAGCAUCAUAGUGGGGUGAAUCUGUCUUAAGGAUAUAGAAUCAAAUUCUAGCAUCGACUUUUAACCAGGUUCCUUUAUUUAUAGUUUUUUAUUUUAUUAUAUUAAACAAUAUAUUACAAGUAAUUAUAUAUAAAGAUUAUUAUUGUAACGCCCCUAAACUGAUACCCUUU